GGCACCAUGAAGGCGUCCGGCACACUUAGGGAGUAUAAGGUCAUUGGGCGUCUGCUGCCCUCGGCUAAGAACCCCGCCCCCCCUCUCUACCGGAUGAGGAUCUUCGCCCCGAACCACAUCGUGGCCAAAUCUCGCUUCUGGUACUUUGUCUCUCAGCUGAGGAAGAUGAAGAAGGCAUCUGGAGAGAUCGUCUACUGCGGCCUGGUCAACGAGAAGACGCCUCUGAAGGUGAAGAACUUCGGCAUCUGGCUGCGCUACGACUCCCGCAGCGGCACCCACAACAUGUACAGAGAGUACAGGGACCUCACCACAUCUGGAGCUGUCACUCAGUGCUAUCGUGACAUGGGAGCUCGCCAUCGUGCCCGUGCCCACUCAAUCCAGAUCAUGAAGGUGCAGGUGAUCGCCGCCAACAAGUGUCGCAGACCCGCCAUCAAGCAGUUCCACGACUCCAAGAUCAGGUUCCCCCUGCCCCACCGGGUCCUGCGCCGCCAGCACAAACCCCGCUUCACCACCAAGAGACCAAACACCUUCUACUAA